AUGCCCACCGUCGUGCUGGACAUGACCUAUGGCCUUAGCGAGACCAAGUCGCGAGCCCGGCAGGCGGACCGCGCAACACGCGGAAACAACCUGCUGAAGGAGCGCCUGGAGCAGAUCUGCAAGGAGGCCGAGGCGGCGAUUCUGGGCGAUGGCGCCGCCAUCCUGGUCCUGUCGCACCGCCGCGCCAGUCAAAGUCGCGUUCCGGUCAGCUCGCUCCUCGCCGUGGGUGCCGUGCAUCAGGACCUGAUUGCCAAGAAGCUCCGUGCGAAGGUUGCCUUGGUCGUGGAAGGAGCGGAUGCCCAUGAGAUCCAUCACUUCUGCUGCCUCCUUGGCUUCGGCUGUGACGCCAUCUACCCCUACCUCUGCUACCUCAGCCUGCUCCGCGUCCGGGGCACCGACCUCCCCCUGAACCAGCGCAUCGAGAACUUCCGCAAAGCCUCUGACGGAGGUAUCCUGAAGGUCAUGAGCAAGAUGGGCAUCUCCUGUCUGCAAAGCUACAAGGGCGCGCAGCUUUUCCAGGCGGUGGGCAUGGACAAGGAAGUCAUCGCCAAGUGCUUCACCGGCUGCAAGUUCGUGCUCAAUGGCGCAGGUGUCAACAUCUUCGAGAUGGAUGCGAUGGAGUUGCACAAGAUGGCGUUCCCUGACCGGCCUCAGCCCCCUCUGGUCGAUACCGAGGUCGAGGAGUUGGAGGACUUUGGGGAGUAUCACUUCCGCAGCAUCCAUGAGACGGAGAUCCACAUGAACACGCCCGAUGUCAUCUACAAGAUGCAGGAGGCAGCGCGCUCCAACUCCACCGAGGCCUACAAGAUGUUCUCCACCUGGCAGAACAAGAUCACCGAGCAGACGGAGAUCCGCGGGCAGCUGGAAUUCCUGUCUGAGGAGUACGAUCCGAUUGACAUCUCUGAGGUCGAGCCUGCAGUCGAGAUCGUAAAGCGUUUCUGCACCGGCGCCGCCUCCUUCGGCUCCAUCUCUGAUGAGGCCCACCGUGCCAUGGCCAUUGCCAUGAACCGCGUCGGCGGCAAAAGCAACACCGGCGAGGGUGGCGAGGACCCGAUGCGCUUCACGCAGCUUGAGAAGGGUGAGUUCGUGGCGGGCGGAGCCACCUGGGACAUCGUGAACGGCGACUCCUUUCGCUCGAAGAUUAAGCAGGUCGCCUCGGGGCGCUUUGGGGUUACGGCGGAGUAUCUUGCCAAUGCAGAGGAGUUGCAGAUCAAGUUGGCGCAGGGCGCCAAGCCGGGCGAAGGAGGUGAGCUGCCAGGCUACAAGGUGAUCGGCAAGAUUGCCGAAACUCGCAAGGCAACCCCGGGCGUGGGCUUGAUCUCUCCGCCUCCACACCACGACAUGUACUCCAUCGAGGAUGUGGCGCAGUUGAUCAAGGAUCUUAAGAAUGCCAACCCCGCAGCUCGCAUCUCCGUGAAGCUCGUGGCUCGACUCGGCAUUGGCGUCAUCGCCUCUGGCGUCGUCAAGGGCAAGGCGGACCACCUGACCAUCUCGGGUAUGUCCGGCGGCACUGGUGCGGCGAAGUGGGGCUCCAUCAAGCACUGUGGGCUUCCUUGGGAGAUCGGUCUGGCAGAGACCCACCAAACCCUGGUUCUCAACGGCCUUCGUAACCGAGUGACCCUGCAAACAGACGGCCAGGUGCGAACAGGUCGGGAUGUGGUGAUCGCCGCCAUGCUGGGCGCCGAGGAAAUUGCCAUGACGACUGCUCCCCUCAUCACUUUGGGAUGCAUCAUGAUGAGGAAGUGCCACUUGAACACCUGCCCCGUGGGCGUGGCGACGCAGGAUCCUGAAUUGCGAAAGAAGUUCACAGGGCAGCCAGAGCACCUCAUCAACUACCUCUUCAUGGUCGCUGAGGAGGCGCGUGAGAUCAUGGCCUCCCUGGGCAUUAAGAAGUUCAACGACCUCAUCGGACGAACCGACCUCCUCCGUCCGAAGGGAUAUCUCAAGGACAACCCGAAGACUGCCGACCUGGAUUUCGCCGACCUCCUCAAGCCGGCCUGGACCAUGGAGAACUCCAUGAGCAACAUUGCCGAGCUCCCGAUGUACUGCUGCGAGCCACAAGACCAUGAGCUGGCUCAUGCCUUGGAUCAGAGUCUCAUCUCCCGGUGCUCCCCAGCGCUUCAGGACAAGGAGCAGGUCCACCUCAAGGGCAUCAACAUCAACAACGUGGACCGCUCCGUUGGAGGCAUCCUCAGUUUCGAGGUCAGUAAGAAAUACGGAGCUGCCGGCCUCCCCGAGGGAACCAUUCGCGUGUCCUUCAUCGGUAGCUCCGGACAGUCCUUCGGCAACUUCCUGGCUCCCGGUAUCACUUUCGAGCUCGAAGGCGACGCGAACGACUACAUCGGCAAGGGCCUCAGUGGCGGAACCCUGGUGGUGUACAAACCAAACCAGGCCCCGUAUGCCUCGCACGAUGCUAUCAUCGCGGGCAAUGCAGCACUUUAUGGAGGCACGGCUGGCAAGGCCUUCUUCGCCGGGAUCGCCGCCGAGCGUUUUGCUGUGCGCAACUCCGGCGCCACCGCCGUUUGUGAAGGGGUCGGCGACCAUGGAUGCGAGUACAUGACCCGAGGUACGGUGAUAGUGCUCGGACAGAUGGGGUCCAACUUUGCGGCAGGCAUGAGCGGAGGCAUCGCAUAUAUCCUGGACAUGCAGGAGGCCUUGUGCAACAAGGCGAGCGUCCACCUCGAGGCAAUCGUCGAAGAGGAGGACAAGACGCUGUUGAAGGAUCUCAUCGCCGAGCACCAGAAGUACACCGGAAGCAAAGUGGCAUCAGAUCUUUUGGCCAAGUGGGCCGACUCCCUGAAGCGCUUCACGAAGAUCUUCCCGAAGGAGUACAAGAAGGCUCUGGUGGCAGCGAAAGAGAAGUCGAAGUCAGAGGCACCGGUAAAGCCUGCUGCGAGCGUGCCCCCAGCGCCUGGCACCGAUCUCGAGGAUGCGGCGGGCAAGCCGAUCUCCGUCGCCAGCCCGGAGAAGAAGCGUGGCUUCCACGAGUACGAGCGUAAGGCCCUCCCUUACCGUGACCAUAAGGAUCGUAUCCUUGACUGGGAGGAGAUCUAUGCUUCGCAGUCCAAGAAGAGCCAACAGUGGCACAAUUGGAUGCAGACGCAGACGGCUCGGUGCAUGGACUGUGGAACUCCCACAUGCCACAGCCCCAACCAAGGUGGAGGUGGCUGUCCGCUGGGCAAUCGCAUCCCCACUUGGAAUCAGCUGGUACAUGAGGGCGAGUGGAAGCGCGCCCUUGAGCGAUUGCUUGAUACCAACAACUUCCCCGAGUUCACAGGCACCACUUGCCCGGCGCCUUGCGAGGAAGCCUGCGUUCUGGGCAUCAACGAAAAGCCGGUCGCGAUUAAGACCACCGAGCUCUCGAUCAUCGAGUAUGGCUUCAGCAAGGGUUGGGUGAAGCCCCAGCCGCCCCUCCAGCGCACCGGCCGCCGCAUCGCCAUCAUCGGCUCGGGCCCGGCUGGCCUCGCUGCGGCGCAGCAGCUGAACCGUGCGGGGCAUCUCGUGGAGGUUAUCGAGCGGGCUGACCGUCCCGGAGGUUUGCUGAUGUACGGCAUCCCCUCCAUGAAGUUGGACAAGAUCGACAAGGUUUUGCGCCGCAUCAAGCUCAUGCAGCAGGAGGGCAUCAGCUUCAAGUGCAACACGGAGGUGGGCAAGGACGUGACCUUGAACGGCCUUUGCAGCCAGAACGACGCGGUCAUCAUGGCCACCGGAGCGACGAUGUGGCGUGACAUGCGCAAUGCGGACGGCCGUAACCUGAAGAACGUUGUUCAGGCAAUGGACUUCCUGACAGACACACAGAAGAAGAACUUGGACAGCGAGAUGGGCCUCAAGAAUACCAGUACCACGACGUACGAUGUGCAAGGCAAGCGUGUGGUGGUGAUCGGUGGUGGCGACACAGCCGUUGACUGCGUGGCCACUGCCAUCCGACUAGGCGCGAAGAGCGUCAUUCAGUUCUCCCGGCGCGACGCUGCGCCCAAGGACCGGCCAAAGCACACUCCAUGGCCGUGCUGGGCGGACACCUACCGCGUCGACUACGCCCACUCCGAGGGCGAGUCUACUUUGGGCCGUGACCCACGGGAGUACAUGGUGCAGACCAAAAGCUUCCGCGCCUCUGCGCAGGAUCCCAGCGCCGUGGGCGCGGUGGUGGCAGCCAAGCUGAACCCAUCGGGCAAGGAGACGGGCACCGUCAACUACCCGGCCGAGCUCGUCGUGUUGGCCAUGGGCUUCACCGGCCCAGACACUGCCAUCGAUCCGCUGAACCAGCUCUCCCGGGAUUCCCACUCGAACUUUAAGGCCCAGUACGGCGAGUACCAGGCCGAGGCCUCCCCUUGGAGCAAUUUGUAUGUUUGUGGUGACUGCCGCCGUGGUGCAUCCCUCGUCGUCACCGCCAUCGCAGAGGGUCGCGACUGCGCCGCCCGCGUGGACGCGCAGCUGAUGGGCAGCACCAGUCUGCCUCGGGCGGCUCCCUUGGCCGCGAACCCCACCUACUACCAGAUGCCUCAGAAGGGAGCCGAGCC